AUGGAAGGAACUGAUAAUGUGCUUCUUCAGCCACCAACUUUUGGAAAUCUAAUAACAGUUCUCAGCAUUGACGGGGGUGGAAUAAGAGGACUUAUCCCUGGAACCAUCAUUAAUUUCCUAGAAUCUGAACUUCAGAAAUUGGAUGGCGAGGAUGCAAGAAUAGCGGACUAUUUUGACGUGAUUGCGGGGACAAGCACCGGUGGUCUAGUUACUGCCAUGCUAACCUGUCCCGAUGAAAAUAAUCGUCCAAUGUUUGCUGCCAAAGAUAUCAAGGAUUUCUACCUGAAUCAGUGCCCCAAAAUCUUCCCGCAGCCCAGGUGUUCAUUAUUUACUCAAGUGAAAAAGUUGAUCAAAGCUUUAACAGGGCCAAAAUAUGACGGGAAAUAUCUACAUGGCCUCGUUAAGGAACUACUAGGGAACCGAAGAUUGCACCACACAUUGACUAAGGUCGUAAUCCCAACAUUUGAUAUCAAAACAUUCCAACCAACCAUCUUUUCGAGCUUUGAGGCUAACAAAAACCAUUCCUUGGAUGCAUUACUCUCUGACAUAUGCAUUGCAACCUCAGCUGCCCCCACUUAUCUUCCAGCCCAUUAUUUUGAAACCAAAGAUGAACAAACAGGGGAAGUGAGGGAAUUCAACCUCAUAGACGGUGGGGUUCCUGCAAACAAUCCGGCUUUGAUUGCUAUUAGCGAAGUUACAAAAGAAAUCGUUAAGGGGAGCCCAGACUUCUUUCCUAUAAAACCAAUGGACUACGGGCGGUUUUUGUUAAUAUCCUUAGGAACUGGGUCGCCUAAAGCUCAAGAAAAAUAUAAAGCAACUGAAGCAGCUAAAUGGGGUUUAUUGGGUUGGUUAACAAGCGGUGGUUCCACCCCGGUGAUUGAUGCCUUCAGUCAUGCAAGUGCAGACAUGGUUGAUCUGCACAUCUCAGUGGUGCUUCAAGCCCUUCACUCUGAAAAUAAUUACCUUCGGAUUCAGGACGACACAUUAAGCAGGGAAGAAUGUUCUGUCGACAUAGCUACAAAAAAAAAUUUGGAAGACCUUGUGAAAGUUGGUGAAAGACUUCUAAAGAAACCAGUUUCGAGAGUGAAUUUGGAGAGUGGCCUGUCUGAGCCGUAUGUUAAAGAGACGAAUGAGGAGGCUCUGGCAAGGUUCGCAAAAAUACUCUCCCAAGAGAAGCAGCUUCGCCGUGCUAGGUCACCCCAUGGAAAAAAAUCUUGCAAAUUUUAA